AUGACAUCCACCCACUCCUCCGCCGCUUGCUGCUCCACGCCCGUCCCAAAGGCCACCGCCGACUACACCCCCAAAGGCACCUACCAAACCCUCGCCAACACCAAAACCUACAUCACGGGCCCGGCCUCCGCCACAAAAGCCCUCUUCCACAUCUACGACAUCUUCGGCUUCCGCACCCCAACCCUCCAAGGCGCCGACAUCCUCGCUUCCGCGGGGUACCUCGUCGUGAUGCCGGAUUUCUUCGCGGGCAGCCCCGCGGAACCGGCCUGGAUGGAUGGGAGCGAGGAGGGCGGGAAGAACAUAGGUUUCUGCUGGGGCGGCAAAAUCGUCUCCCUCACCUCCGCGGGCCCCUCCACGCACUGGAAAGUCGGGAUCCAGACGUCCCCCGCGCAGGUCGAUCCGGAGGAUGCGAAGAAGAUUACUAUUCCGAGCUUGAUGCUCGCGAGUGAGGGGGAGGAUGCGGAGACGGUGAGGAAGUGGGGUGAGAGUUUUGAUGGUGAGGUGGCGAGGGUCGAGAGGUCGGAGAAGGAGGUGCAUGGGUGGAUGAGCGCGCGGGCGAGUUUGGAGGAUGGGGAGAGGAGGGCGGAGUUUGAGAGGGGGUAUCAGGUUGUUUUGGAGUUUUUGGGGAAGUACGUUUAG